UUCUUUGUCAAAUAUGGCAAAUCUUAUUUCUGGCUUUUGCCACAAUUAAACAACCCGAAUAUUUGUGACAGAACAGUCAUUUUAUAAACAGUAACAACAAUUUUUUUUAAGUAAAUCUUAGGACCCAGCAUAAAAUGGCUGAGAAAAAGGCACAAAAUCAGACCAUGCCCAGAGCACUUCCUAAGGAAAAUUCAAUUCCAAUUCGAGCUCCCAACAUAUCGAGCUCAACCAGUGUCAAGUUGCGAAAAUCAUCCAACAUAUUUUCGACUCUAGUCCGAAAAGCUCGAAGAAAGAAGACUGGAAACAAGAAUAGUCAGGAUGGAGUAAAAAACUUGCUUAUGUCCUCUCAAAAUGAAAGCGGCUCCAGUACUCUAUCAGCACAUAUUGAAGAAGAGGUGGAAAUGAAUUGCCAAAAUUUCGAAAAAAAAUGCAGCCAAAAUCAAGAAAUAUUCUGGGAAGGUCGCGCCAUAUGCAGUGAAACCAACACUUCAAAUCACUCUGGCUCAUCUAACAGAACGCAGAGAAAUAUUAUUAAUUUACGAACCACACAGUCGUACAGCGGAUUUAAAGCUGCCAACUUCCAGAAAGUGCAAAAUGAAAGCAAACAAAUCAGUGAGGAAAAGCCAACUGAAGACGAUUAUUUUAUAGAAACUUCGCCGGAAGACACAGUUAUAACUUCAUAUCAAAGCUUUGUAAAAACCCCUCUUGACAUCACACAUGCUGAAGCUCUGCAGUAUCUGCAAGAGGUAAUCAACAGUUUUCAUGAAAGCGAAAACCAUAUCAUGCAAUUGCUUGCGAAAUACAUAUCGGAUCCGAUUACUCAACAGGAAAUGAAAACUGCAAUUUGCAAUCAUUCAAAAUUGCAAUGGGAAGCCGAGAGAAGGUCAGCUUCUCUUGCAAACGACAUAUGGAUUCAACAACUGGAAAUCGGGAGAGCUCAAGAAAAUAUUAUUCAGGGAACACUCCAGUCGCUGGUGAAUCAAAACAGGCAACUGCAAAUCGAAAAUGAGAGUAUCUACAGAAAAUAUGAGAAAAGCAAAAAAUGUUCCGAUCAGAAAAACCGAUUCCAAGAAUGUGAUUCACAAGUGGACGCAGUUUUACGGCACAAUGAAAAAUUGGAAGCAAAACUGAAGUCCUCGUUUAAAAAAAUUGAGAGUUUGGAAGGUGAACUGAUCACUAUACAGAAACAAAAUAGUUCUAUGGAAGACCAGUUAAGAGAGUCGGCAGGAAAAAUACGAAAUAUGAAAGCUUUGCUUCAUGGAAUGAAAACCGACCACAACAUAGAGCAAGUGGCACUUAAUUUCAAACUGGAAACUCAAGAGCGAUUAUUACAGGCAGCUUUUGAUCUGGGAAGUUUAGCUUUAGAUGAUAUUGACCAUUUAAAGGCGCAAAUAGACAAUUUUCCUUUUGAUUUCAAGUGGCCGCAACUAACGGUGAGAAAUGACUCUUUAACAGAUUUAAUUCAUCUUUGCCGAUCAUGCAUUCAUGAGCUUUCUAACGAACUGUUCAACCUGUAUAGCGAAGCAGCCUUGAAAGACAAAGACAUUGCAACUCUGCGUGAAACUAAUGCAAACUUACAGCAAACCACAAAAAUCUAUUUAGCAGAACUAGAAACAAUGGCAAAAGAAGUCGAAGAAAGCAAGUCACUGAAAAAUGAAAAAUAUCUACUUGAACAAAAGUCUCAUAUGUUAGAGAGUUCGCUUAAAUUAUCCACCGAGAAAGUUGACCAAUUUCAAACUGAGUAUGAAGCUGAAAAGACACAACUAUUAAAAUCCCUAAAGGAUCAAGAAAAAUACAUAGAAGAGUUGGAAGCUAAAGAUAAAAUGAUUGAAGAAACGAAGGUAUUUUUAUCAAAUAUAACGACGGAAAACGUGUCUCUUCAAAAUGAAAUUGCAACACUGAACAGAAUUAUUAAAGAAUCAGGAGCUGGUGAUGUUGUAAAAGAAAUUGAGCAUAAGCAUGAGGAAAUUCAGUAUUUUAAGAUGGAAUUGGAAAGAGUUCGAAAUGAAAAUAUUCAGCUAAAAUCUCAUUCAGACACUACACAGCAUGCAAAUGCUGUUCUAGCGAGCAAUCAAGAAUUAGCCCAAAAAGCUCUUCAAAGACAAAUCAAUGACUUGGAGAAACUAAAUGAAGACAACCAGAAUUUAAAACAAACACUAGAAAAUAAACAUCAAACUGUGAUAUCUCUGAAGAAUGAAAGAGUGAAAUAUCUCGAAGAAAAGGGUGUGUUAAAGUCCAUCAUUCAACGCCUGAAAAAUGAAUUAUCAAAAAUAAACCAAUUAGAAGACAAUCUCACCACAGUUUCCAGGGAAGCUAGCAAAAUUAGCCUUAUCGCGAACUACAAUAAGCAACAAAGUAACAAAUUCAAGCAGGAAAUCAUUGAAAGGGACAACAUAAUCAUUCAAAUGCAGACUAGCUUGCAAAAACUUCAUGAAAUUCAGCUGGAAAACUCUAAGGAAAAACUAACACUUUGCCAUCAACUGAAUGAAGCCUCCCAACUAAAACAAAGACUAAGUAAUGUGUUGGAGUCUGAAGUAAAAAAGAAUGCCGAAUUGGGCCAGUCCAAGGAAGCUAUUGUUAAAUCUGUUAGUUCUCAAUUCCAGCGAAUUGAGGACAAGCACCGCAAUGAAAGAACAGCAAUCAGAAUUCUUUUACGCGACAUAAAAACGGUCACACAAGACAAAGAAACUGCAAUCCAACAACAGCAACAACUUCAAGUAGACGUCCAACAAUUAAAAGCCAAGUUAUCUGAACAAGAAGAAGCUUUCCAGAUCGCAUCCAAAGAAUUGUCUAUUAAAAACGGUGAAAUCAAAGAGCUAAGGAGUGAAAUGGAUCGCUAUGAAAAGCUACACAAAGACUCUAACGAGAAAUUUGAAAAUGAGGCAUCAAAGUACGAACUGAAUGUAAAGCAGUUAAAGAAACUGAUAGAGCAGCUAAGGAGUGAUAAGAAGGAUUUGGAAAAAAGUAUCGAAUAUUUGAAAAACAACGUGGAAAAACUUUAUAAGGAUUUAAACGAAUCAAGACAAUCUGAAAAGACGACACUGGACGCUUUGCGUAAAGCCAGAGAGGAAGACGAACAUACGAAAGAGCUUCUGAAUGGAAAAAUAUUAGAGUCAACAAAAAUAAUUCUUGAAAAAGACAAACUUUCUGAAGAAAAAUCCAAAUUACUCAAUGAAAAUGACACUUUAACUAAAGAAACUGAAUAUCUGAAUGCGAUGAUGGACAACGUUGUGAACGAUUUUGAAAAAAGCCUUAGAACAGCCGAGGACAAAGAAAAACUGUUCAAGGAGGAAUUGAAGGAAUCUCAACAGAUCAUACAUCACCACAGCAUAGAAAUUGUGGAGUUGAAACAAAGUGUGGAGCUAAAGACGGAAAGAAUUGAAGAACUUGAAGACCUUCUCAAAAUGGAGCACAUUCAAGAAAACCGAUUCAAUAGAUUGAAAGAGGAGAUGGAGCAACUGGAGAAGGACUCUGAAGAGCUGAGGGAAGUUAAAACGAAUCUGGAAAAGCAAUUGUUUGAGUUGCAAGAUGAUCACAGUCAAAUGAAGAAUCACAUAACUAGCUUAGAAAAUGAAUCAGAUGUCUUAGAGUCCCAGCUAAAAAUAGUGCUGGAUCAAAAGGAAGAGGAUUACGUAUUUUACAAGAAACAUAUUGCGGAAAUAUCAAAGACUCGGGACGAACUUGAAGAACAAAGCAAAAAAGAAAUAUCGAUGUUGCGUAUGGAGUUGCAAGAUCUAAACAACCGACUUGUGAAUGAAAAAACUGCAUAUGAGACGCUUUCACAAAUCCACAAAGAUAUUUCGGGAAAAUUUAUGAGAAGCAUUAAAGACCUGGUUGAGGCAAAGAAUUCCAAGUGUGAUAUGCAGGAUAAGAUGCACAAAAACCAAAAAUAUCUAGACAAUGUUGAAAAUGAUCAGAAGCAAUUUCUGAAACAAAUUAAAGACCUCACAGAAAAACUUGAAUUCUCCCAGACACACACUAAAAAAAUCGAGGAUGAAAAACGUAUUCUAGAAAGCAAUUAUAACAUGACAAUUGAACAGUGUCGAAGGCUGGAAGAACAGGUAAAUGACAUUAAAAAGGACCACCAAACAGAGCAUAUUCAGUACAAUUCGGACAAACAUAAAGAGGACAACACCUCACAGGAGGAAAUGGAAGAAAUGAAAUCCGAAAUUGAAAGAAAAAUUGCCACUAUUCAUCGGCUUAAAAUGGAAGUUUUAGAGCUACAAAAAGAAAUCACGCUCUUGCAGCUGCAAAAGUCCGAAAUAAUGUUGCAACUUCACGAAACCGAAAUAAGAUUGGAGACUGAAAAAAACUUGGGUGAUCAGUUAAAAAAUACACAAAAACUUCUUUUGGUUGCGGUCUUGCAACUAAAAGAUGAGGGCAAAAUAGAUUCAUCAGAUUGCAUUCACCUGUUGCAUAUGGUCAGCAGCUCUAGCCCCAUAAAUUUAGAUAUGAAAACUGAAAAUUAAUCAUAUGCAUUUUCUGUCACCCGGCCAGAUCCAGAAAUACGAAMGUAUCCUAGACAAAAUUGAACAUGAACAAGAACAAUUCAAACAGUUAACUCAAGAAAUUGAAAGAGUCAAAAAUGAAUUAAUAAUCCAUAAACUAUCCAAAUUAGAACCAUCUCAACAAGUUGGCUAUAUUAACGUUAAAGUAUUCAGCGACAUUGUGGAGCUUUUUCAUUUGUAUGAUGAUCAAAUAAAAGAACCUGCGUCUA